CCAGCAUUGAUGCAGAAUUAAAUAAGAAUCUUAUAGCAAAUGAAUGUUUGAAAUUCUACGGCCAAAAGAAGGUUACGGAUGGGAUGGAGAGGUGUUUUGAAGAAUUGAGCAGCAUGGGACUGGUGGGAAGGUGCAGAUGAAGCCCAACAAAGGACUCGCAGACGUGAUUGAUUAAAUUCCAGCUACCGGCCAGUGAAACAACCUUUCUGUGAUGGGGCUUCAACUUCACUUAGUCUACGACCUACAGGGCUGGUGUUGUGUCAGCAUCAUCACCUUUGUUUGGCUUUAUAACACACUCUACAUUCCCAAACUUAUCCUCUUCCCUCACUAUGAAGAGCAACAUAUUCCAGCUGCUGUGAUAGUGCUUUAUUACAUGGUGUCAUUGUGCUGCAUCACCUCAUUAGUGAGAGCGUCCUUUGCUGACCCAGGGCAGUUACCACAAGACCCGGACAUACCGUAUUCAGAAAGACAACUCUGGGAAAUAUGUAAUAAAUGUAACAAGAUGAGACCAAAGCGAUCUCACCAUUGCAGUCGGUGUGGGCACUGUGUUCGGAAAAUGGAUCACCAUUGUCCCUGGAUAAACAAUUGUGUUGGAGAGGACAAUCACUGGCUGUUCCUCCAGCUAUGUUUCUACACAGAAUUGCUAAGUUUUUUGACACUGCUCUUCAAUUUCUGCCAAUAUUACUAUCUUGAACCUCUAACAAAAGUAAAAGAGGAGCUCUUUGUGUUCCGACAUGAGUUGGCCAUGCUGCGGAUAUCUACCUUGAUGGGCAUAGUGAUGUUUGGAGGGAUGUUUGGUCUUUUUUAUGGUCAGCUGUCAAAUGUUAUAACUGAUAUGACAACAAUUGAAAGGAUGUCAAGUAAUCUUGAUGAGAUGUUGAAGUCCAACAAGCCCUGGCAGCAGACCUUCUCAGAAGUGUUUGGCACCCGCUGGAAGAUCCUGUGGUUUAUUCCAUUCAGACAGAGGCAACCGCUGCGAGUUUCCUAUCAUCACGCCAAUCAUGUUUAAUAGAUGGAAGCUGACAAAAUGAGAUCUCCUGUGUCAAAGUACUUAGCAGCAUUUCCGGUGAUAUGUCCAUCCCCAUGUUCAAUUUGGCACUUGACGUUUCUUCCAGCAGCAAUGUUGCAUUCCAAGUAAUAUUCUGAUCAAAAUGUGUGCCUGUAAGCUGAUCUGUUUUAAGGACACUUUGAGUAUGGGAUACAACCUUAUCAAAAUAUUAGUUAUUUUAUAAACAUUCAUAAACAAUCUAUUAUCAAUGUUAAGAGAUAGAGGACUUCCAUUACCAACCAAUUUCUGCCUGGUUUAUGGUGAAGGGUUAAUAGAAUGAUCAUUUUGAUAAAAACGACUCUAAUUUUAUUUUGUUCUUUUGGGAACUUCUUCAACAAAGCAUGUGCAAAAGUUGUGAAAGGUGCCAGCAAUAUUGUGAAGUUUAAUUCAUAAACAUGAAUCAUUUUUGAUUACAUCAAUUACAAUUCUACAUUGUGGAGAAAGGUCUAUCACAGAGAUGUCAAACUUUGUAAUGCCACAUGCCAGUAUGAAGAAGAAUGCAUAAAUAGUUAUUUGGUAGUACAAAACUUAAAUGUUGCUGAAAAAUACACAUAUUGUUGAAGCUUUUCAUCUGACCAUCAACGGGACAUUUGCAAUUCUUUCAAGACAGGAAGCUUUAUCAAAAAUGGGUCUUUUUCCAGCAAAGAUUGCACAGAGCAAUUGUUUGAGAUUUUUCAAAGAACUAUGCUGUGGAUUUAAAAUAAGCUAUUUCAUAUUACUUUCCCUUCCUAAUUAUAUUUUAAAUGGUUUUGUACGUUCAGUUUCUGUAGUUCAUUUAUAACAAUGUGUAACUUUUGCAUCAAACAUUGCUGGUGUGGUUAACUAUUUUUGUCACUCGUGAGUGCUACGUGAUUUUUUUAAAAUAGAAAAUUUUGUUAAGAAUACUUGCUGGACAUAUGGAAAUUCUCAGUUAAAGGGGUCUUGGUGUCUCAGAUGUACCAAAUUUCAUGUGAAAGCAAAAUGAAUUAAGUUUAUUUAAGUCUACUAAAACUAAUGUGACCCAACCCUGUGGGAAACAGUUUACAAGGUAGAAAAUCAAAUUGAACAAAUUUUUUUGUCAAGUGCCUGUAAUUUAGUGAUUUUUAUUGUGCCAGCGCAUUUGGCUUGUUCUGAUCAAAUCAGGAACCAAAGAUGUUAUAUAACCGUUCAGACAAGCUUUAACUUUAAAGUAAGUUAUGAUUUUCUUUUGAAACAACCUGCAGUAAUUUGUUGCAAUGACGUUGUUGUGUCCUGAUUUUCAGAUCAUAGAUUGUCCAGAUCUUUCCAUUGUGAUGUAUUUUAAAAAUCUUUGUGAAUUGCACUAAGUGUGUGUUACCUCUCCCUUUCAAGAAUAUCUGAGUGCAUGGUACAUACGGUUUACAUAGUUGGACGCGUUGCAAUAGUAAAUUCUUAUACAUUCUAUAAUCAAAAAUCUCUUGUGUGAAUUCUUAAGAGAUAAUGUCUUCUAAAAACAUAAAAUAUAGGAGCAGAAUUAGGUCAUUUGUCCCACUGAGUCUGCUUUACUGUUCAAUCAUGGCUGAUAUAUUUCUCAACCCCAUUCUUCUGCCUCCUACCCAUUACCCUUGACUGCCUCCUUAAUCAAGAGUUUAUCUAUCUCCAUAUUAAAUAGACCCAAAGCCUCCAAAGCCUUCUCCAGCAGUAAGUUUCACAGAUGGGCAGCACUCUAUGGCUGAAGACAUUCCUCCUCAUUUCAGUUUUAAAGGGUCAUCUUGUCAUUCUGAGGCUGUAUCUCAGGUCCUAAUCCCUCCCACUAGUGGAAACAUUUUCUCCAUGUUAUCUAUACAGGCCUCUCAGUAACCUGUAAGUUUCUAGGAGAUUCCACCCAUAUCCUCCUUCAUUUCAUCAAAUAUAGAUCCAGAAUCCUCAACUGUACCUUAUAUGACAAGUUCUUCAGCCCAUGAUUUUCCUCUGGACCCUCUCCAAGGCCAGCACAUCUUUCAUUACAUAUGGAGCCCAAAACUUCUCACAAUAUUCCAAAUGUAGCCUGACCACAGGAUGAAAAAGCCUGAACAGUACAUCUCUACUCUUGUAUUCUGAUCCUCUAAAAUGAAUAUUACCUUUGACUUCCUAACUGCCAACAAAGCCUGCAUGUUAACCUUAAGAGACUCCUGAACCAGGACUCACGAUUUCCAAAGACUUUACCCCAUUUAGAAAACAAUCUAUGCCUCAGUUCUUCCUACCAAAGUGUAAAAUUUCAUACUUUUCCUCAUUGUAUUCCAUGUGCCACAACUUUACCCACUGUUCUAACCUGCCUAAGUCCUUCUGCAGCCUUCGUACGUGUUCAUCACUACCUCUGCCUCCAUCUAUCUUUAUGUCAUCUAUAAAAUAAGGAACAAUGUACUCAGUUCCUUCGUCUAAAUUGUUAAUAUAUAACAUGAAUAGUUGGGGUCCCAACAUUGACCCCUGCAGAACCCUACUAGUCAACUGGUUGCCUUCCUAAAGAAAACCCCUUUAUCCCACUCUCUGUCUUCUGCCAGUCAUUCAAUCCUCUAUCCUUGCCCCUCGCACAUGGGCUCUUAUCUUCUAUCCUUUAUGACACCUUGUGUGCCUCUAGAAAUCCAACUGUAAAUCACAUCUACUGGCUGUCCUUUGUCUAACUUGCUUGUUACCUCCUAAAAGAAUUCUAACAGGUUUGUCAAACAUGACUUCUCCUUAACGAAGCUGUGCUGACUCAGUCUGAUUUUACCAUUCACUUUCAAAUACUCAGCAAUCUCAUGCUUAAUCAUGAACUCUAAAAUCUUACCAAUGGCCAUGGUCAGGCUAACAGGUCUAUAAUUUCCCAUCUUUUUAGUAAAUGGUAAAUCAAUAUGGUUGUAAUAUUGUUUGUUAAGUUAAUUGCCGACCCUCUGAUGCUUUUAUGCCUUUUGGUGGUUAGUAAUUCAGAGUACAAUGCUUAAUCCCUGCUGCAUAUGUUUUAAAUUACUGUGGAACUACUGCUUAACUAGAUUCUUUCAGACAUGUGUUUUGCCUCUUUUUUCCUUACAAUCCUAAAGGGGCUAGUUUCAUGCUGAGUGUGCAGUUUAUGGGUUGCAGCGACAGUUCCCAAUCUCCUCCAAGCAAAAGGUCUUAAUUUGGAAACCUAGGCAAUGUGUUGAUAAAAAUACUCACUUGGAGAGCAUCACUAUCUUUCCCUCAUGCAACACUUUGCAGCAGAGAAGACUGGACUGUAAUGAAGACUGAGAUUGAAUGAUUUCCUCCACCUUUUCCAAUUAGUGGCAUGAAUAGCUCUUGCAGUUGUCAACGCUUCGUUCAGUAUAGAUCAAGCACCUAAUGUGGAUUGCUUGGUUCAAUGGAAGUUUGAAUAUGCAUUUACUCAUCCAAACUAUCAGCGGAGGUGAAUUUACAAGACAGUUUACCAGGAGCAGGGGACUUACUGUAUGAUACAGUCACAUUGUUGUAUUCCUCUCUUAUGUAUUCCUCUCUUUCUCAAACACAAAUUAGCAGCAAAAAGGAAAACAUGAUUAUAAAGGUCAUAUAAAAGUUUUACGAUGUAAAUAAUGGCAGGUGGCCAGCAUGGCACCCUCCUGAAAUGUAGCAGGUGUUGACUCUUCCAGGAGUGGAUUUCAUCUAAACAUUCCUUUUCAAAUUGCAAUAGCCAUAUGAUGUUAUAAUUUAUAAAAUAUAUCCAAUUUUCAUCAAUAGAUUUUUUUUAGAAUCCCUAAAGUGUGGAAACAGGCUCUUCGACCUAACAAUUUCAUACCAACCCUCCAAAGAGUAACCCUAUUUACCUGAAUAAUGCACCGAGCUGACACAACUCUGAACGCUAUAGGCAAUUUAGCAUGGCCAAUUCAUGUAACCUGCACAUCUUUGAAUUGUGGGAGGAAACCAGAGCAAACCCGCACAGACUCAGGGAGAAUGUGCAAACUCCACACAGUCACCUGACACUAGGAGCAAACCCAGAUCCCUGGCACUGUGAGACAGCAUUGCUAACCACUGAGCUACUGUGCCACCCCAUAGUGGGAUUUAAUUCACUGUCCAUCAUGAUAACAAAUUGGCCACUACUUGCAUAAUCAAAUGUAUAGAAUAAGAAGCAGGGUUUGUCAGCAUUUAUAGAUAGCUUUAUCAUUUAUUAAUGUCAAGCAGUGUGUGAUUUGAUGAGCAGUUUUGGCAAUUAUAAAAUUGUGUUUGUACAAUUCCCUGUUUUUAUUGAUGUGAGCCAUCUUAUCAAAUAUAGGUUGAUAGGUUGUCAAUUACAAUGAGGUGUGAAAGCAUGUUGGUUGUAGAGCUUGUUUGCUUGGUUUUAAUAAAAACA